UGGCCUUUCCGCUUUUAAAGCAAACUUUUAAUAAUGAAUAUGCUGCGAGGUGUCUCCGUACUGGCUAUGGUGUGCAUGGUGUCCGCUGCGAAGCUGCCAGGUUACAGUGCUGGAGGCGACUCUGACUUGGGCGUCGAUCUCAGCGGUGCAGGAGGCCACGGCGGCGGCGCAGGAGGGGCUGGAAGCGUUUUCCCGGCCAUUUUCGUCGGUAAAGGAAACCUUCCUGCUAGUGCUAUUGGAGGCGCUGCUGGAGGUAUUGGCGGCGGCUCUGUUGGACAGGAGUACACUGAGCCAAGUACAGGUCCCGUUGCCCCUGUUGUUACCGUAGAAGAGGAAUAUACUGGCCCAGGUACUGAUCCCGUUGACCCUGUUGUACCUGUUGUUACCGUUGAAGAGGAAUAUACUGGGCCAAGCAUUGACGCUGGCCACGGCUCCGCUGUCUCACCUGUCGUGACUGUUGACGAAGAAUACAGCGGACCAAGCAUUGUCGUUGCUCCCGUUGCCCCCGUUCCAACCGUUGAUGAGGAGUACACUGGGCCCAACGAAGUCGCCCACGUCAGCCCCCCUGCUGACGAAUAUAUCUCACCAAACCACUAAAGCUUUAUGCUUUUGGAGCUCUUGUGGCGUUUACGUACCACACUCAAGCCCACUCCAGAAUGUACGUACAAAUAAUGUAUGAAUUAAAAGUUUGAUUUGAA